GGCUUCGGCUGAGCUGACCUGAGCUUGGCUUGGAGCCGACUGAUUGAGACAUGACCAACUAUACAUUGUCUUGAACGAACUUUAUGAGCAGAUUUACCCGCUGGAGCCGGAGGGACUGACGACCUGCCCCUACUGUCUGCCGCUAGUCAAAUAUUCAGAAAUUAGUCUUCACAUUUUCUUUCACGCGGUGUCUGUGAUUUGUGAGCCGAUACUGACAAAGUGAUGGCACGUCAAGAGGAAUGUGGAAUCAAGUACAAUAUUUUAAAUGAGCCUAUCUCGGCUCUGAGACUUGCAACAGAAUUACAGAGAUGUAUCAUGAAAAUCAAAGCUCUGUGUAUGUCAGAAGAUGGUUCUGGUGUGGAUUAUUUCAAACUGGGUCGCAGUGACCUCUUCUUAGACUUUACAGCGAAAACAAGAGAGCUAAGCAGCAUUGACCUUUCACUUUUGACCUCAGAUCAGAGGAAGGCUUUCUUUAUCAACAUCUACAAUGCACUAACCAUUCAUGCUUUAGCUGUCCAAUCAGAACUACCUAGAACUGUUCUUGAAGUCCAGGACUUUUGGAAGACCAGUUCCUACCUUAUUGCUGGUCAAGUCUAUUCCUUGGAUGAUAUAGAACAUGGCAUUUUGAGAAGGAAUAAGCCACACCCUUCCACCAAGAAGAGCUGUUUCCAUGACGAUGACCCUCGGUUAGCUUACAUGGUUGAUACCUUGGAUGCUCGAAUACACUUUGCUCUCAACUGCGGGGCUGAGUCCUGUCCCCCAAUCAGUGUAUAAACAGAGCAGAAUCUCAAGAGGGCGCUAGACAUGGCAUCGAAGAAUUAUUUAAAUCAAGAGAUGACCGUGGACAUGGACUCCAAACAGAUCAAUCUUCCGUCACUCUUAAAAUGGUAUGGUAGUGAUGCCGCCGAAACAGACAUUGAAGUUGUGAGGUGGACCAUUCCAUUCCUUGAGGGGGAGAAGGCAUCACAAGUCCAGGAGCUUAUCACAGGGUCAGAGGUCACAAUAGGUUACAGGCCGUACAGCUGGAAACUGAACAAUAUUCAAAUAGGAGAGGACUUUGAUGAUUCAGGGGAAAGCAAGGAGAAGAUAAGCAAGAUGUAAUCAUGCUCGGAGAUGCAUGAUGUCUUGCAUAUUUCUGAUACAUAUUUUUGAUCCCAGGUUUUUUAUAUAUUCUUAUUUUCUAACUCACUCUGUUUAUUAGACUGUGUUUUUCUAUGAUUUUGAGCAAUAAUAGAAAACCAAUGAAUAAUAAUGAUAAUAAUAAUUAUUACUUAUACAGCGCAUUUCCCUUAAGGCCCAAAGUGCUUACAAUGAAAAUAAUUACAAGAAAUUAUAUAAUGCUAGUAAUAUGAUACUGCAAAAUAUGAAAGAGAUGGGUUUUUAAUGCCUUUCUGAAAAUUGCUUUUGAUGGGGACUGUCUUAU